AGAUAGAUAGAUAGAUAGAUAGAUAGAUAGAUAGAUAGAUAGAUAGAUAGAUAGAUAGAUAGAUAGAUAGAUAGAUAGAUAGAUUUUUAGAAUUGAUUUUCCACAAAUGUCUCUCAGAGGCACCAGUGUUGAUUAUUCACACUUCGCUUUGGAGGUCUCAUAAUGGUUUGUGUACACACAGUGAGACAACAGGUCACAUUGCUGUAUUAUGAAUAAAUGAAGAUCCAUCUUAGCCCCAUUGAGAAAUGUUGUUUCCAUAGCAACAGAGGGAGAAUGAUUGUUAACCCACCGAGACCUAGAAAGGGAGUGGUACUUCUUUAUAAAGAAAGAGGUGAAAGACAGAAAUACAUUCUGUGUGUGUGUGCGUGGAUGUGUAUGUGUGAGUGUGUUUCGUGUGUACAUUCAUUCAUAGCCCAUAGUGCUGGCAUUCGAAAGCAAUAGGGGGGAGUAAGAGAAAAUUAGUCUGACCAUCCAUUGAUUUCCUCCUCCACAUUCAUUCAUGAGUUUCCCCAUUAUUUUCUGCUUUCAGUUGCAUAAACGCCAGUGGCUUAACCACCACUGCACCUCCUCAUCUCCAUAUUCUCCUCCUCCUCUCAGUAUCCAAUCUCCUUCAGCCCUCCACCACAUCACACAAAUAGUCUUACCCCAGAACACCCACACAAACACGGUCACACAUUCCUCCUUCAUCUCUCUCUUUCCCUCUCUCACACACACACACACCCCCCUGCCCAGGGAUUUGAAGAUGUGACUGAGGCUGGUUUGUAAUCUGAUGAAAGACGAGUAUAAUCCUGAAGCUCCCUCCAUCUUUUUCACUGCUGGAGUGAGGAUGCUGAAGGAGCGGACAAGGGCCAGGAUGGGUGACGUGUGAUGGAGAGUGCUGUACGACGGAUUCUGCCUUUAUAAGGACCUGGACUGACGCUGCACUCUUGGGAGUCUGGGAUGACCAUUGUAGAGAGUGGACAGGUAAAGACGUGCCAGAGAAGACAGUAAAUAGAAGCUUCGCCUGUGAUUGAGACACAAGCAGAUAUCUGAUGGCAGAGGCUGGACACACCAUAUCAUUCCCACCAGUGGGAACAAUCCCCUCAGAUCCCCUUGUAACAGCUGACUGCGGUUCAUCAGAGUUGAAAGCUGAAGAUGUGCUCAGGAACAGCUCCGGUGAAGCCUCAUCCUCCGCAACAGAGCGCCUAAACCAUUGCCAGAUUGAUCAACACGAUGCAAGUUGUCACAUUGCUGAGACCCAUGGAAUCGACAGUAUGUGUUUACACCCAAUGAGCCAUCAGAAUAAACAUAACUGUAGUGGGUCACUGAUGGUGCACAAGGACCUGAAUGAUCACAGUUUGUUAUCAAUACAAAGAAGCCACUCUGAUAGCUUGCAGAGUUUUAAAGAUGCCGCAGCGUCUCCUCACUACUGUGAAAUGGGCGCAUCAUUUUGCCAAGGACGAGAGAAGGAUGUUUGUGCGCAGUCAUUUCCUUCUUUAGUGUGUAAACAGGCCAUGCCGCUUCAACAAAGCAAUACGAUGACCACGUCCAUCAGAGCUGGAAGCAGUGGGUCGAGCAGCCCAACUCAACCAGCCAAACACAGUUUCAUUCAGAUAUGUGAAGUCAUUCCAGAGUCCACCUGCCCCAAAUUUGAAGAGCCUGUUUGUUGCAACUCUCACUUCCAUCAUGGAGCUUUCAAGGACACGUUUGCUGCGUAUUGCCACCCACAGCCUAUUCCUGCCCCAGCACAACUAAUUCCACACUUGGUAGGAAUGGAUGAGAGCUACAAGGGCCAGGGACAAACAGGCAACCUGCUCGCUCUUCCUCGGCUCAUCUCCUCUGUCAGUGAGACUGGGUUGGAUGGCAAUCGACUCCUACGCUGCUGCAAUAUGGACUGCUCUUGGCCUGGUCCAUUGCGUCCAGUUGACACCCAUCAAUGGGUGGAUGAAAAGACAAAGAGGGAUGCGAGUACCAUGACCUCACAAAAAGACCUGAAAGAUGUAGGAGUGCAAGUGGGUCAGGACACCAAGGAGCUUCCCCAGCACGUUUUCCCAGAAGUGUGUCUUGUCCAGCAGAAGACAUCAAAGAGUCAAAAGUCUCCGGUAAGGGAGGUGAAAUGGGAUGCUGAGGGAAUGACCUGGGAGGUGUACGGAGCCUCGGUUGAUCCAGAAGAACUCGGACUUGCGAUUCAGAAACAUCUGGAGAUACAGAUCAAAGAGACUAAGGGAAUAGCUGCAAAACUUUCAAGGCAAAACACAACAACAUCCCAGCACAGCUCAGGAUCCAUUCAGAAGAGAAAAAAGGGAUUUUUGGGAUCCCUGCGCCACCCAGCUUGCUGUUCUGGGACCACGGGUGCAGUAGAUUAAACCACGUUUCUGGAAUAACCCCAAUGCAGCACAUUUUGCUGAAUUUUCACCAGCUCAUUAGUAGAGAGUCAUGCAGCGCUGUAAUUACAGGCAUUACUAGUUUCCAACUUGUAAAAAGUGUUCAAGUCCUUGUAGAACUUAUAAAUCGGGAGGUGUAACUUGUACCACCUGACCAUUGCAGAUUCUUUUAGAUGCCACGUAUGGCUGUCAUAUAAACAGAUCAUUCCACGUCUGAGGAUGUAAACAGCUCAAUGUUGUACAUCAGAUGUCAUUUUGAAAUUACAGCUAGUCGAAAGAUUCAAAUUGUGUAGUGUUGGGGUUACUCAAAAAACGUGUUUGGGCAUUACUGAGUUAAAGGACCUGAUUGAGACAUGUAGAAAUAUUCAAUAGAAAGGUCUAUAUCUCAAAAACUCUUGAGUAUUAAAUUUGACAGCCAAGCAAGAUUCCAAAUAGAACAGAUUCCAAAUAGGGGAUGUUUUUAGCAGUUACUUGGCCUACAGCAACAGUAAUACAUGUCAGAAAAAUCUGGUCUUCCCUUCAUUUUGAAGUCUGCACUUCAAAGGGAUAGUUCACCACAAAAUGAAACUUUCCUCAUCAUAUACUCACACUUACUCAAGUGAUUCUGAACUUGAUUUUCUCCUGUGAACACAAAUCAAGAUGUUCUGAAGAAUAAUUGGAAAAUUCAAUCCAUAGUAGGAAAAAAAUGCCAUGGAAGUCAAUGGCUGUUUUUUUUUACCACAACAUUCUUCAAAAUUUCUCAAACAGGUUUGUAACAUGUGUAAUGUAAUGUGUAUUUUUAUAGCAAUGGCAGCCACAGGACAACAGCGCCAGUGCGCUCACCACACCAGCUAUUGAUGGAGUGGACAGAUAGUAAUAGAGCCAAUUCAGUGGAUGGGGAUGAUUGGGAGGCCAUGAUGGGUAAGGGCCGAUGGAGGGAAUCUGGCCAGGACACCGGGGUUACACCCCAUGCCAUGGGAUUUUUAAUGACCACAGAGUCAGGACCUCAGUUUAACGUCUCAUCCGAAAGACGGCGCUCACUGAUAGUAUAGAGUCCCCUUCACUUUACUGGGGCAUUAGGACCCACACAGACCGCAGGCCUCACUAACACCACUUCCAACAACAACCUAGUUUUCCCAUGUGGUCACCCAUCCAGAGACUGACCAGGCUCAGCCCUGCUUAGCUUCAGUUUGUAACCGGUCUUAGGCUGCAGGGUGAUAUGGCUGUGAUGGAUGAUGAGUAAAUGAUGGCAGAAUUUUCAAUUUUGGGAUAACUAUUUCUUUAUUUGCUGUAGACAUUUGCUCAGUAUAUUUAAUAUUUUAUUAAUUUAGUAAAAGAUUGUGGGUUAUUUUGAAACAUAACUGCUCUUUUGGUUGUUUUCCACGACCAAAAGAUUAUUGUUAUUAUUAUAAGUCGUAACAUAAAGCAAAUCUUGUUUAAUUCACUUGUUUAAAAACUUGUUAAAGCACUGUGAUCUGGGUCAGGGUAAAGAGUAACUGUGGCGCCACCUGCUGGUUAAAGCAUGACAGUAACACAUAAGUGUGAUAUUUUAGUGCAAUUCAAAAUAUUUUACUAUAUUUUAAAAUGAAAUUUCUAUGAUGUUCCAGUCUGCAUUGUAAAAUGAUGGUUUAGUUAUCAUUACUGUUUGUUGCUUAAGACAAAGCAAUUACUUUUUUUUUCUUAUUUUAAGGGUUUAAUUUUUGUUUACUUUUUAUUUUAGCCUAUGCUUCCCGAAUAAAUAUAUUAUUUUAUAAAACUCUUACUGACCCCAAACUUUCUAAAUCUUAUACUUCUAAUAUAAUAGUACUAAUAAAUAUUAGCAUAUUAGAUGUAGCAGGUGAGCUUAUUAGUCCUUACAGUUGAGUAGACAUUAAAUUUCUGAAUGAUACAAUUUCCAGUCAGAUUCACUUGAAAUGGGUCUGCUGGAGCAUGGCGUAACAAGUAUGAAUUUCUGAAAUAGAAGCAGGAUUAUUAUCAGAUUUACACAUGUUGUCACAGAAGUAGAGUCCAGUUUGUUUAGUUAUCUGUCAAAAGCUAAUCAAAUGUUUCACCAGCAGCAUUGUUUUUGUCUCUGUAUUCUAAUGUAACAAUAAAAGCAAUAUGACAGUUAAU